CAGAGAAGUACAUCAGCAACGGACAAAUGAAAACGGAAAUGGGCAUCUUAUUAUUUGUAUAAAUUUUCUUGCAAGAUUUUUCUAAGUUAUUUAUUUGAGCGCGCUCGAAGGUUGUGUUUUUUUUUUUUUGGCGUGGUUUUGUCUGAUGAAAGAAGCUGAAAAGGAAGGCCCCCCUCGAUUCUUUCAAGCAAGAAAUUCCCUCCGAUGUUUUCUAGAGUUGAAUGAGUUUCCAAAGCCGAAAGCUUUUUGUUCCCUUGAAUCUUCCCUCUCUCGCCCUCGGGCUCUCCUUUGAGUUCCCCCCCUUGUCUUUUGUCCCUUUAAGUUUUCCUGCUUCUGACCAUUGAAUGCAUUCAUCAAUGGAAUCUGCUUUUCGGUGGCAUUUGAAGUGAGAAGAAGAUUGCAUGAUUUUCCAGCAGUUGAAAUUGGAGAAACCGUCAUUAGACAUGGAGUUCACGACCACCCCAGCACCACCCAUCAAUGGCCUCACUUCCCCAAAUUCUUUCACUUGCGGCUUUACAAAUUUCAAUUCUGCCCUCACAGCUGGGCUGUUGAACCCAAUGUCGCCACCACCCCGAUCAAGCCCAACCUUGUUCGAGAUGAUGGCUAGCGAGCCAGACAUCCAACCUAGUUCUCACAUUCUUCCAAACCCUUCCAUGCCUUUAGCGCCAAAGCCCCAAAUAUCAGCUGAAGACAAGCAGGCCUUGACCAUGCAAAGAUUGUCAAAUAUCUUAGCUGCCAGAAGUCCUGGAAACCAGUUCAAUGAUGCUUCAACAAGUGACAUAAAGCUAGCAUUGACUUCCAAGGAUGGGAUCACUGUUAGCAUGAAUGUGCACAGGCCGAUACUCGUGGCACAUAGUCGCUUUUUCGCAGUGAAGUUGUCUGACAGAUGGAUAAAGCAGCAGCGAGUGUCAGGGCCAUACAUCAUUGAGAUCGCUGAUUGUGAUGAUGUUGAGGUAUAUAUUGAGACAUUGCGCUUGAUGUAUUGCAAGGAUUUGAGGAAGAAGCUUAUGAAGGAGGAUGUCACCAGAGUCCUUGGUAUCUUGAAGGUUUCAGCUGCCAUUGGAUUCGAUGCUGGCGUCCUUUCUUGCUUGGAGUACUUAGAAGCUGCUCCGUGGGCUGAGGAUGAAGAAGAGAAGGUGGUUUCGUUAUUAACCGAACUCCGUCUUGAUGGAGCCGGGGCAGCUGAAGUUUUAAAGAGAGUCUCUUUAGAAGUCAACAAUGGGAUAGAAGAGGAGGGAAGUGAGAACGGAGACGUGCUGCUCAAUCUUUUACACGUAGUACUAGGUGGAAAAGAUGAGAGGGCGAGGCGGGACAUAAAAGGGCUAGUCUCAAAGAUGCUCCGGGAGAAUCCGUCCCUCAGCGAUCUGCGAAAGGAAUCUUUAUAUUCAGCAUGCGGUGUGUGUCUUCAAUCGCUGCGCCAUCAUUUCCUACAGGCCGCAGCGUCAGAUUUUACGGAAGUAGGUCAGAUUUCACGUCAGGCCGAUAACUUGCAUUGGAUGCUGGACAUUCUAAUAGACCGGCAGAUUGCGGAGGAGUUUCUCAGAAAAUGGGCUUCUCAAUUUGAACUCUCUAAUGCACAUUCUUCUAUCCCGGCCAUCCACAGGUUCGAGGUCAGCCGAGUGACAGCCCGAUUGUUCGUUGGCAUCGGGAAGGGGCAGAUAUUGGUACCAAAGGAUUCGAGGAGCUUGCUCUUGCGAACAUGGCUGGUCCCAUUCUACAGGGAUUUCCCAUGGAUGAGGAAGGCGUCGAAGGGUCUCGACCGGCACCUGAUCGAAGAGGGUCUUGGUAGCAUGAUCCUCACUCUGCCUUUGGCUCAGCAACAGGAGAUCUUCCUCGGUUGGUUUGAGAGGUUCUUGAACUCGGGCGAGGAUUGUCCGAAUAUCCAAAGAGGGUUCGAAGCUUGGUGGAAACGGGCAUUCUGGAGACGCAACGGGGAGGAAGGACGGCCACGGCCAUUGCGGAUUACAGUUGCAACUAUCGAUAAGCGAUGAUUAUAGAAACUGCUUGUUUAUACCUGGAUUCUUGGGAGGUGAUGGUCACGGGAUGACAGUUGAUGUUAUUUCAUUUUGCAGCACAUAUCUUUGAUUGAGAAGCUUGCCUGGCACAUACAGUCCAUUUUCUAUUCCUAAUGCUAUGUACUUUGAUAAUUUUGUUCCACAAUGCUGUGUUUGUCUCCUUCUGGU